AUGUCAUCCACCAUAUCCGCUGCCAGCUCUACCGCAAGCCCAAUGUCAAUGGACAUGGGCGGCGGCAUGGAUAUGGGAGGAGGCGGCGAAUGCAAGAUUUCUAUGCUCUGGAACUGGAACACCAUCGACGCCUGCUUCCUCACUUCGUCAUGGCAAAUCACAUCCGCAGGCAUGUUCGCCGGCUCCUGCAUCGGCGUCAUUGCCCUUGUCAUGAUGUUAGAAUUUCUGCGUCGUGUCCAACGCGAGUAUGAUCGCAUUGUUCAGAGCCAAUCGAGAAGUGUCAAUACACCUCUGUCUCACCGCCACCGACAUCAUGUCGCACGCGACGCAUCUCACGGCGGUGUUGACACUGCGAAAGUCAGCGACGACGAGAGCUCCGACUCUACCGCGCAGGACGCCGGAAAAAGCAAGAUCAUGAACACAACCAUCGCCAGUACGGAUAGCUCCUUGACACACAGCCAUAGUCCUCACCCCCACACAUUCAUCGCGAACUCAGGCCGCCAAAGCCAAUGGCGUAGUAUCCUCCAGCAAACCAUCCGCGCAUGCAUCUACACCUGCCAAUUCUUCGUCGCUUACAUUGUGAUGUUGCUGGCUAUGUACUACAAUGGCUACAUCAUCAUCAGUAUCUUGAUCGGAGCUUUCCUGGGCCACUUUUUCUUCGGCUGGGACUUAGCGAAGGGAGGAGAGCGGUAA